AUGGCGACGCCGAUCUCGAACGUGUACGACCACGUCGCGGUGCGGCGCGCGUACGACGACGCGACGGUGUGCGCGGUCCUCGACGCGGGCUACGACGAGGACACGCGCACGGUGGACGCGAAGAUCGCGCUGUCGAUCGCGGCGAUCGGCGCGGCGUGCGCGGCGCACGCGGUGACGAUGACGAACGACGCGACGCGAUGGGCGUGCGCGGCGGCGUACGGGGCGCUGGCGUGCGGGGCGCCGUGCGUGGCGAAGUACGCGGAGCGAGACGCGCUGCUGCUGACGCGAGCGCGAGGGGUGGAUUGCGAUGGACGCGAACCGGCGGCGUGGGCGAGAAACGAACGGUCGAAGGAUGGGCUGACGGUGCACGUGCGGUGCGCGCGACUGGCGGAGACGCUCGAGGUGAUCGUGAGCGCGAAGAGCGACGGGAAGUGCGAGGCGAAGGACGCGGUGCGAUGCGACGUGCGGUGCGAAGAGUUCGUGACGGAGGAUGGGGAGUUUUUAGAGGAUGAGUACGAGGCGUUGAUUUGGCGCGUGCUCGAGGCGUUCGAGCGAGGGAAAGGACGCGGCGCGAGCGUCGACUGUCGAGCGGCGAUUGAAAAGAUGAAGUGA